ACCAUGAUACGGAACGCAAUUGCCCGAAAACCAUCGCAGGUGGUUUUGGUAAGGUUGUUCAGCAACCAACCCCAACCAGCGCACAGCAGUGCCGCCAGUGAAACACCGGAUCCAGAAUGGGCCAACGCACAGCCGUACGAGAGUAUCCCCGGGCCGGGAUCCAUUCAGAUGCUGAGAAACUUUGCACCGGGUGGUCGGUACUACAACCUAACGAUGCCGGAUAUGAUGCAAGCUCUGAGGGAUGACUACGGAGAUCUUUACCGAUUGCCGGGAACCUUUGGGCGUCACGAUAUGGUGGCCACCUUUAAGCCGGAUGACUUUGAAACGAUUCUACGAACCGAAGGUCAGUGGCCGAUACGGAGGGGCCUCGAUAGCUUGGCAUACUAUCGACAGAAGGUGCGACCGGACGUAUUCAAGGGCAUGGGAUUGGUCACCGAGCAAGGAGAAGAAUGGCAACAUUUUCGAACCAUUGCUAAUCCAGUGAUGUUGCAGCCGAAAACUGUUCAGUUGUACGUGGAUAAGCUGGAUGAGGUGGCUCAAGACUUCAUGAAAAUAAUCCCAAAUCUACGUGACGCCAAAAAUGAGAUGCCUGCAGAUUUCAACCAGUGGAUCAAUCGAUGGGCUUUGGAGAUGAUGGGUGUUCUUGCGCUGGAUACAAGACUAGGCGUAUUGGAAGCCGAUCAACCUGCAGAGGCGAAAGAAAUGAUAAGGUUGAUUCGAGAAUUCCUGGAGCUCUCAUAUCAGUUGGACAUCCUUCCAUCGGUUUGGAAAUACUACAAGACCCCAACGUUCAACAGACUGAUAACUGUCCUAGAUGGAAUUACUGAUAUCAUCAAAGCAAAGGUGGACGCUGCUGUAACAAGAUUGGAGAAGAAUCCUUCCAAAUCGAGCGAAGCUAUGAGUGUAUUGGAGAAACUGUUGAAGGUUGACAGAGAUGUAGCCGUAAUCAUGGCCUUCGACAUGCUGCAGGCUGGAGUUGAUACGACUUCGUCGGGAACGAUUAGCAUAUUGCACGCUCUAGCUACGAAUCCGGAGAAGCAAAAUAAGCUUCGUGAGGAAAUCCGAGCGAUUCUUCCGGAUAAAAAUUCUCCCCUUACUCCGGAAAACAUGCGCAAUCUUCCUUACCUGAGGGCUUGCAUCAAGGAAGGUCUCCGGCUUCAGUCACCGGUUGUCGGAAAUGUGCGCACAGCCGGAAAAGAUCUUGUACUUCAAGGAUAUCGCAUUCCGAAAGGUACCGACCUCCUUAUGCCCGCGAUGAACCUGUAUAAAGAUGAGCGUUACUAUGCGCGGGCUCAGGAAUUCCUUCCGGAACGUUGGCUCAAGGAGUCGGAAUCAGAGCAGGUGCCCAAUGCCAAAAGUGCCCAUCCAUUUUUGUUCCUGCCUUUCGGAUUUGGACCGCGUACUUGCAUAGGGCGUCGAUUGGCCAUGAUGGAAAUGGAAAUAUUUCUUGCGCGUGUUACUCGCCAAUUCGAGUACCGCUGGAACCAUGGCCCGUUGAAGAUUAUAACAUCACUCAUCAACGUGCCGGCUAAUGAGCUGCGCUUCGAGAUGAAGGAAGUUGUUGAUUGGGCAAUACGGUUUCGUAGUGCUCAAGCCCAAGUGAUCGAAGAUGAUUCCUCUACGAAUAAUUUUGUUGAAGAAUGGGUCAAAGCUGAUCCCUAUGAGAAAAUUCCCGGUCCCAAGCUGUGGACAAUGUUGAGGGGGUUUGCUCCUGGUGGCCGUUACUACAAUGCAACACUGCCGGAAAUGCACAGGCGCUUGCGAGCAGACUACGGUGAUCUGAUAAAACUUCCAGCGGCCUUCGGUCGACCGGACAUUCUGAUGAGCUACUCGGCUGACGAUUAUCAGACGUUGUUCCGAACCGAGGGUCACUGGCCCGUCCGCCAGGCGUUGGAUUCGUUCGUGUACUAUCGGAAGGUGAUGAGACCGCAUGUCUUCAAGAUGGGAGGUCUGGUGUCUGAACAAGGAGAAGAUUGGCAACAACUUCGAAGCGUGGUUAAUCCCGUUCUGAUGCAACCAAAAACUGUUAAGCAGUACAUCGAGAAAGUAAAUGCAGUGACCAUGGAUUUAGUGAAAAUAAUGCAAGGAAUACGAGACGCCAAAAACGAGCUGCCUGCCGAUUUCAACAUGUGGCUCAACCGCUGGGCCCUGGAAACUAUUGGGGUCAUCGCUUUGGAUACGCGAUUUGGAGUCCUCAACGAAAGUCGGUCACCCGAAACGGAGAAAAUGGUCGAUCUUUUAAGGGAACUGUUUGUGCUCAUAUACAAACUCGAUAUAGAACCGUCACUGUGGAAACUUUACAAAACACCCAACUUCAAACGAAUGGUUAAGAUUAUGGAUGAGUUAACAGACAUUGUCAUGAAGAAGGUCGACCAAGCAAUUCAACGAUUAGGACAAAAUCCAACAACCGAAAACUUGAGUGUUCUUGAGAAGUUGCUGAAAGUGAACCGAGAUGUGGCCGUUGUGAUGGCCGUCGAUAUGUUGAUGGCUGGAGUUGAUACGCACGAUGUUACCCGCUGGCCAACAGUCCCGUAUGACUGGGACACUGGGCAUAGACCGGACGGCAUUCCGAACGUCGCAGUGAUGGCCGCGAUCAGGGAGUUUCCAGAAAUGUUCCGGUCAUCAUUGCAACGAUAUGUGACGCAACAGGUGCUUCCUGAUACGUGGAAGCGGCAGAUAUUAGUCCUUUUGCCAAAACUGGGUAGCCUCCUGGAGACCCAUCGGCGUACCGGCCGAUUUGUUUACUCGACACAGCGGAGCCAGGCUAACGAAGAGAAAAAGGCUCCACUUUUGCGCGGUGGUCACUCUGGACAUGAAGAAAGCCUUCAACAGCAUCAGUUGGACAGCGAUUGCGUCGUCGCUCAUCCAAAUGAGGGUCACGGUACCAUUGCAGUUGGACCGUGUGAGAUGCUGUCCAAACGGGCAAUUAAGUACCUAGGGGUGGUAAUCGACGACAGACUCAGCUUCACGACUCAUGUCGACUACGUGUGUAAGAGAGCGGCAAUGGCCACGGCCGCACUUACACGGAUGAUGUCGAACUCCUCGGCAAUUCGCAGUAUCAAUAGGAGCAUUCUGUCGAGCGUGACCACGUCAAUUCUGCAGUACGGUGUGGCGGCCUGGAGGCAAGCCCUGGGAAGACAGUGUAACCUGCAGAGACUAACCAGCGUUCAGCGGACAUCAUCAGCCACCGUUGGAAUUCUACACAGCCUGGCCACGAAUCCCGAAAAACAGCAGAAGCUCCGCGAAGAGCUUCGCACAAUUCUACCUCGAAAAGAUUCACCCUUGACGGUGGACAACAUGCGUAACCUACCGUAUCUGAGGGCUUGCAUCAAAGAGGGAAUGCGCAUAGCACCGCCAACAGUGGGCAAUGCUCGAAACGCCGGCCAGGACAUCGUCCUCCAGGGCUAUCAAGUUCCAAAAGGGACUAACGUAGUGAUGGCUGCCAUGACCUUGAACAUCGACGAUCGGCACCACCCGAGGGCUAAGGAAUACCUGCCGGAACGGUGGCUCAAGGAGGAAGGAUACCCUAGCGUGAAGGAUGCCCAUCCGUUUGUGUUCCUGCCAUUUGGCUUUGGGCCGAGAACCUGCAUCGGUCGCCGAUUGGCCCAGAUGGAGAUGGAAAUUGUGGUGGCCCGAAUUACCCGGCAGUUUGAGUACCGUUGGAACUAUGGACCGCUUAGGAUUAAGGGUGCCAUCGUUAACGUGCCGGAAAAUGAGUUAAAGUUUGAAAUGGUUGAAAAUCAAGUGCUUGGAACAAUUCUCAACCAGUUUCUAUCAGUUGAGAGUGCAAAAAUGUUGAGAAGUUUGAUUCGAAUCAAUAGUUAUGGCGGUGAAGUGGCUAGGCCUUCGGUAAUAACGUCGUCACCUUUGGCGUUAAAACGAUUCCAAAGUGCCCAGGCGCAAACAGCAACAGCAACAGAUCAUCAUCAUGAUCAGGAUCCGGAAUGGAACCAGGCGUUACCGUACGAAAAAAUUCCCGGACCUACGGGUUUCACUAUGCUGAGACAGUUUCUACCAGGAGGUCGUUACCACAAUGCCUCCCUGCCGGACUUGCAUCGGUUUUUCCGAAAGGAUUACGGUGACCUGGUACGAAUGCCGGGAGUCUUGGGCAGACCGGAUGUCGUCAUUAGCUUCCGACCGGCCGAUUACGAGAAGCUGUUUCGAACCGAGGGCCAGUGGCCGAACCGUCGAGGGCUGGAUAGUUUCAUUCACUACCGAGAGAAGGUUCGCCCGGAUGUGUUCAAGGGAUAUGGUGGUCUGCUAUCUGAACAAGGUGAAAAAUGGCAACACUUCCGAACCAUCGUAAAUCCUGUGAUGCUGCAACCGAAAACGAUCAAACUGUACGUCGACAAAGUCGACGAAGUUGCCCAAGAUUUCAUGAAAGUGAUGGAAACCCUUCGCGAUUCGAAGAACGAAAUGCCUGCCGACUUUCAUCAGUGGCUCAAUCGAUGGGCGCUGGAAACCAUGGGUGUCCUGGCCUUGGAUACCAGAUUGGGGGUCCUUGAACGAAAUGCUUCCCAAGAUGCUGAGCAGAUGAUCAAAAAUAUUAGAGCACUUUUUGAACUAACGUAUGAACUGGACGUUUUACCAUCAGUUUGGAAGUAUUGGAAGACUCCUACCUUCAACCGGUUGAUGCAAGUUUUGGAUGAUAUCACAAAAGUCAUCAUGGAGAAAGUUGAUGAAGCGGUGAUAAGAAUGGACAAGAAUCCUUCCGCUAUCAGUGACGAUCAGAGUGUCUUGGAAAAACUUUUGAAAGUCAAUCGGGAUGUGGCUGUCAUGAUGGCCUACGAUAUGUUGUUAGCAGGAGUUGAUACGACGUCUUCAGGAACUGUUGGUGUUCUUUACUCACUGGCUACGAAUCCAGAUAAACAGGCUAAGCUACGAGAUGAGCUUCGCACGAUUCUACCAAAUAAGAAUUCACCCCUGACACCGGAAAACAUGCGGAACUUACCGUAUCUAAGGGCUUGUAUCAAGGAAGGUCUCCGUGUCAAUCCAGCCAUUGCUGGAACCAUGAGAGCUGCCGGGAAGGAUUUAGUUCUUCAAGGAUAUCAGAUUCCUAAAGGAACUGACGUUGCGAUGGCCUCGAUGAUCUUGACCCACGAGGAGGAACACUACGCUCGGGCCAAAGAGUUCAUCCCGGAGCGGUGGCUCAAGGAAGAUGCAGAUGUUCCGAGUGGCAAGAACGCUCACCCGUUCCUAUUUCUGCCGUUCGGUUUUGGUUCGAGAACCUGCAUUGGCCGGCGAUUGGCAUUGAUGGAGAUGGAGAUAGUAGUUUCUCGAAUCACACGGCAGUAUGAGUACCGUUGGAAUUAUGGGCCACUACGUAUUCGUGGAGCAAUUGUUAAUAUUCCCGAAAAUGAGAUGAAGUUUGAGAUGGUAGAAGUUAAGGAUUGAAGUACUGGUCGGCAUAAUACUUUCAUU